CGGGCGCGCGCCUCGGAGCCGCGCGGACCGAGGGAGGCGGGCGGCGUUUCCGCGGAGCGGUGGUCCCUACGGAGGGUCUCCGGACGCUCCAGGACUGAGGGGCUCCGGCCGGGCGGCGGCGGUUGCGGACCCCAAGGGACCGAGGACGGGGCCGCGCCCUGAGCAGUGAGCCAGGAAGCCAUCUCUUAAAGGAGCUGCGCCUUUGUUUGCUUAAACAGGAGCCUACCAGAGAAAAGGCAGUUACCAAAAAGUAGCAGAAAGAGAAUGAAAGAAGUAGAUAACCUUGACAGUAUAAAAGAAGAAUGGGUUUGUGAAACAGGACCUCCUAACAAUCAACCCCUCGAUGGUAAUCAACAAAGGGACUGUGAAUAUUUUAUUGACAGCCUUUUUGAAGAAGCAGAGAAGGUUGGUGCCAAAUGCUUGUCCCCCACUGAACAGAAGAAACAGGUAGAUGUAAAUAUAAAAUUGUGGAAAAACGGAUUCACAGUCAAUGAUGACUUUAGAAGUUACUCUGAUGGUGCAAGUCAGCAGUUUCUGAACUCCAUCAAAAAGGGGGAAUUACCUUCAGAAUUACGGGGAAUUUUUGAUAAAGAAGAAGUGGAUGUUAAAGUUGAAGAUAAAAAAAAUGAAGUAUGUAUGUCUACUAAGCCUGUGUUCCAGCCCUUUUCAGGACAGGGGCACAGACUAGGAAGUGCUACACCAAAAAUUGUUUCUAAAGCAAAGAGUAUCGAAGUUGAAAAGCAAAGUACUUUGUCUGCUGUGUCACUGAACAACUUGGAGCCCAUCACCAGGAUCCAGAUCUGGUUGGCCAACGGGGAAAGGACUGUCCAAAGGUUUAACAUUUCUCAUAGGGUGAGCCACAUCAAAGACUUCAUUGAAAAAUACCAAGGAUCCCAGAGAAGCCCCCCCUUUGCCCUGGCAACGGCUCUUCCUUUUCUCAGACUUCUGGAUGAGACACUCACAUUGGAAGAAGCAGAUUUGCAGAAUGCUGUUAUCAUUCAGAGACUCCAGAUAACUUCUGAACCUUUUAGAAAACUCUGACAGUUUUGAUUCUUGAGAAACUGAGAGAAAUGACGGUUGGAAGUAGACAUGCAGAUGUGGGAGACAGAAGUCAGUUUGAGGUUGUAGUUUGAGUGCUACUUAAUUCCUUAUGAGGGGGUCUCAAUAAUCACAAGUUCAAGCUAGGAGAGUAAUGUAUGGCUGGAAACCACAGUUAAUGCACUUUUCCCAAAGGCCACUCAGAAAAAAAUAUGUAUCUUCAAAUACUAGUUAAACAGUGUGAUAUAUUAAAUAGCUAUGUCAUUAAUCUUAAUGUGGUCUAAAUUAAGAGUAUUCACAGCAUUAGUAUUAAAACAUUUCCAAACAGCAGAUAAUAUAAAUGUUAGCUAUCUCAGUUUUUAAUAGCAACAUAUUAAAAUAUUGUACAUGACAUGUUAAAAGCAUCGAUGUAAUUAUUAUAGUGCCUAACCCUCACGGCUUUUAAGUUUUCACUCUGUGAUGGCAAGAGAUAUUCAAAUGUUAAUUUGGCAUCAGUAUCUAAGAUGUAUAAUAUUUUUAGGAAUGAAAUUGUGUAGCUUAGUACAAUAUUAGUAUUAGGUGCCUACAUUUUUCUAUACCUUCUGUUUGUAAUUUUAAGGGCUGGGGAUGUAGUUCGAUGGUAGAAUAUUUAUCAAGCAUAUAUGAGACCUUAGGUUCAAUCAGACUCCAGCAAAAACAAAACAACAACAACAAAAUACAAAAACCAAAAAAAACUUUUUUAAAGGAAUGCAUAUAUAUAUAUUUAAUGCAUAUAAAAUUAAGGAAAAGGUGGUAUCAAAUUCAAUAAAAAUAUCUAUAGAAUUUAUACAGUGGGCUGAGGGUGGAGGAGAGGUUGUAAACCCACAGACAAACAUAAGUAACUUUUAGAACAAUCCCUUCAAGGGAGGCUUUGCUUCCCAGCUGGUCCAGGCCCAGAGCUUGCAGAGUGAAAGGGCAGUAGUCCAAAGGUCAGAUCCCUAGGAGGAGUCCUCACGGCUGUUGCGGUAGAUUUUGGGCUGAACAACUUGUCUGCCAUGGUGUGGGCAGAGUGUAGCUGUCUAGCGAGCUCCUCUGAGCAGCCAUAUUCCUCCAGAAGGCUCAGGCAGUGUGUGUGGAAGUUCCGUUCUUGUCAAUGUUGGUCACCACUGCCAUGGGGGGCACUGGAUAAGUCUGGUGUGGUUCUGGAAGAAAUUAAUCUGUAUAGUGCCCUGGCUGAAGUGCAGGAUGAAGGUGCUGCGUGUGUGAAGCCAUGUUUACAGGUAGGGCGGCCUGGCCAGCUCACCACCUUCCUGGGGUGUGAUGUGGGCCCCACCUUCAGCAGUCCUUCACCUGUGUAAUUGCGGAAGAGAGUGAUCCUCAUCAUCAGGGAGUUAGGGCGGGAGCUUGUGGUGAGGUAGGACUCUGCUGUCACGCCCUGUGUCCUGUAGGCUGUCACUGAAGAGGAUGAGGUGUGUUGAGUCAUUAAAGAGGACCCCCAUACUGCAGUGUAAAGCACACACAAACAAUUCCCCAAGAACCAUAGUUCAUUCUCUUCCUACUUUCUCCCCCCAAACUAGGAAUUUAUUUUUAGCUAACAUUUGUAAUUAGCCAUCCAUUUGACAUUCAACUACAAUCUAUUUUGUCAUAGUAUAAAUUUGUGAACAUUUCUUAAAUUCACAUAAAGUACACAUUUUCUACUUCAUGUCACAGUAAUUCUGUGUAGACAUUAUAGGAAAACAUGUUUAGUAUCUUAUGCUUUUAACUAAAACCAAUUAUGUUUUGAUUUUCAGAUUAAAUCCCAUGUUUAGAAAUAAGCUAUUUUGCAAAUGAUCUGUUGAAUUAAACUUUAAGUAAUUAAAAUAUAAAUAAAAAUCAAUUAAAAAGUUAGGUAUACAUUGUAGCAAAGAUUAAGUGGCCCAUACCAGCAGCAGUAUCCAUAGGUGCUGGAUAUAGUCUAUAAACCUUUUUUGUGAGUUAUAUGUAUAUAAUUAUUAAAAACUCAAAGUUUGGCCAGGUGGUAGUAGUGAAAACCUUUAAUUUCAGUACUCAGGAGGCAGCCGCAAGCAGAUUUCUGAGUUCAAGGCCAGCCUGGUCUACAGAGUGAAUUCCAGGACAACCAGGACUAUAUAGAGGAACCCUGUCUAGGGGGUAAAAAGAAUCCUCAAAGUUUUCAAGUGUUUACUCACUUAAAAAUAAUAACUUCAAAGCUGCCCACAGUUGUGCAUGCCCUAGCUCUCGCUCAUGCCCCCACAGCUCCUGAGAGAGGAGGGUCACGUGAGCCUGAGCAGCACAGCAAAGCUCUGUCUCUUAACAACUUUCACACCCAGUUAAGAGCACUGGCUGCUUUUGCUGUGGAUCUGGGUUCGAUUCCCAACACCCACAUGGCAACCCAAAACCACUCUAGCUGCUGUUUCAAGGCAUCCAGCUCCCUCUUCUGACCUCUGGGCACUGCGCUUAAGUGAUAGAUGCAAGAAAAAAAACCAUAAACACGUUAAUUUAAAAAAAAUUAAAUGAUUUCCAAAGCAUGAAAAGACUUAUUGAGAAAGGUGGCAUUGUAUUUUUUUUUUCCAAAAGUUUGUCUAA